AUGAUGUUUCCGUGUGCGCUGCCGUUGCAGUUCUGGGUUGAAGCGGUGCAGUACACCGUCCACAUCUUGAAUCGCAGUCUGAUGAGAGAAAAUGCGAAGAGAGCGUCUCCUCUCGAGGUGCUUACGGUCAAGGCGCAGGAUCUGCGCAGCAUCUUUGUCUUUGGAUCGUCUUGCAGCGUGUACAGGGACCCUAGCAGAAACUCGCUGCAACAGCGCUUGCAGUGCGGCUACGUGAUAAACAUUGAGACGCCGUCGGAUGUGCAGAGUGCGCAGCUGCAGCGCGCGAUCGACGCGAGCUAUCGAGCCGAUGAUGCAGCAGAGCCAGCGCAAGCAGAGGAUGCAGCAUCCGUGACCCGCAACGUAAAUUGGAAGAGCAUGAUGAUUGCAGCGCUCGAAAGAAGAUCAAGAAGCCGUGGUUGUGACAAGUGCAUGGGACGUGCGGCGCCAUGA